CAGGCAGCCAAAUUGCUCCGUUGCGCCGUACGCAGCCUCCUUCACGGGUGGAGUCACGAUACGUGCUCCAAAUAACCACAGCCACCAGCUGCAGAGAAGGGAGGUCACCCAAAGGCUGCAAUAGACUGCUGCACUGGCAGCCUGCAUCGAUAACAUGAUGCUCCGCCUCGCAGUGAUCGCGGCCAUCACCACGCUCGCCGCCGCCCAACAACGCUGCAGCUGCGCGAACGCCGUCCCGAACGCAAAGAGCGUCGACCUCCUCGAGGACGCCUUCGCCAAGCGCGUCGCCGGAAGGCGCAGGACGAAGCAGGCGGUCCUGGCGGCGAUCCGCCAGCAGGCCUCGGCAGCUUCCUCCGGUCGCGCGGCGCCUUUGAGACUGCACUUCACGGGCCCGAGUGGCGUCGGCAAGAGUUUUCUGGCUCAAUUGGUAGCGACUGCCAAAUUCGAGGAAUCGCGACGGUACACGGGCUAUUCGACGAUCGGAGCCGGUGCGGCGACGGCCGCCUCCGUCGCAACGGGCGCCGUGGUCGCCAAGGUGUCGACCUGGGGUGCUUUGGUGGCGGUCGUGUCGUCUCCAAUAGCCGUGGCCGGCGGACUACUAGGACUACUCAGUGCAGCAUUGUUCGGCUGGCAGGCCGGCGAUUUAGCAGAUGCCUACUGGGGCACGGCCCCAGCGCCGUACCCGACGCAGUGCGGCGUGAGUUGGUGGAAAUUUGCAUCGUUCUCCGAGGAGAAGGACGCUGUUAGUGACGCUCGCGGAGCGGUGAAAGCUGCUGCAUCAGCGGUCGCGGAGUGUCCCGGGGCCGUUGUGGUGUUGGAGGAUGUGAACCGACUCCCUCCAUCAGCUCUGCGAGCUCUCGAGCCGCUGACCCAGCCUUUGUUACGAAGCGGUGAUAUUGCCGCACCGACGUCGCAAGCGACCAUCAUCUUCACGUCGGACUUAUAUACAGGGGCGGAUUCGGCCGACGCGGGCAUUCUGGAACCGGGCAUGAGUGCAAACGACGCCGCGCACGUCGCGUCGCGGCAGGCGCGGAAGAUGUGGGGCGGCGCCGAGCCGGCCUGGUCCGGGACCCCGCGUCCUUUGUGAAACGCGGCGACGCCGUCGACGCUGUCGUCCCGCGCAGGUGGGCCCGCGACGUCGCGACGUUUGCGCUGCCGCCCUUAGAUGCAAGGGAAUUGGAGAGCGCGGUGGAGCUGUACUUGAGUCACGACGUCGGCGCCGCUUUGAGGGAUGAACUACGCUUUCGCUUCGAGGGCUUCCGGCGUCAACAUCCGGACACGCGGCACGAGUGGACGGGCUCGUUCUCGUACGACGAACAAGUGGUAGACACCGUGAAAAGUUUUUUGGAUGAAGGUCCACCAGAGUGGCGCUGCCACGGCAUCACGCACUUCCGGCAUCGGGUGCUGGAGCCGGAAUUCGGUGUUGCUGCGGAGUUGCUCUUGGAGCGGUCGCGGUCGUACGUGCACCAGCACGGCUGGGCGCGGCUCCACGAGCAGGUCUCGAAGACGGUGGUCUAUACGUCUUCCUUACUGCUGAAGACGACGUUGAAUGGAGACGGCACCGUGGACGUGGCCUGGGAGCUGAUGCACCUGCCGCACGACCAUCAUCAGGACGAGGUAAGCGAGCCGGGCCUCGCGGAGUACGUCGUUGGUGGCUUGGCGCGGGCCGUGGCGUGGGCGUCGGCUGCGGAUUAAUUUUCUUACUGAGUUCUUAGGCGGAGCAUUGCUCGCGCGGCUUGCAGACCUCCCUCGAUCCGCGCCGUGAGUGGGUGCGCGCCACCGAACGUGCGCCGGGCGAUCCGUGCCGCGUCCUCGAACGUCGUCACGGCCUCGCGGAGAUCGUCGAGCGUGGCGUCGGGGUCCCUGUAGAACGCCUCCGCGUAACACCCCCUCAUCCUAAACGUCGUCUCAUGCGACGGUCCGAGAACACGCUGCGCCACGGGUAUUGCUUUUUUCAGCAACGGCUUGGCUUCUCCAUAGCGCUCUAAACGAGCAAGGGCCGACGCGUAGCCACAGGUUGCUCGGAGGGUGAGACGCCAUCGCCGCGACGCGUCGACACAAAACCGUGCAUCACACAGGCGCCGACGGGCGAGGGCGCGCGGCGCGACACGGAGCACACGUUCUCGUACGUCGUGAACGGCAUCCCCGACGGCACGUUCCAGGCCGACACGACGAAGCUGAUUCUGCAGAACGCG